AUGGUGCAAGCAUCCAUCCAACUCGGGACAAAAGCGGCUGCGGAGAUCAUUUAUCAAAGUGUUCCGGCUAUUGUGCUGGCCAUUUGCAUUUUCACCGGCUCUGUGACAUCAUCCCCUGCGAGAUCCUUUGAUGACGAAUUGGCGGAAAUUGAAGAAGAAGCCUUUGCCGAAGAGGGUCUGGGUCUUCCGUCCUCUGACCUUAUACUGUCCAGACAAGUGAGGUCAGCUAACCCGUGGCCUCGUCCGCACCCGGCUGAGCCCAAGAGGAAAACCAGGGUCCAGAAUGCCAAAAGAUUCGGCUUCAGGGGUUGAUGAUGAUGAUGAUGAUGAUGAUGGGAAAAUGACUUAUUUAAAAAUUGAAUAAGAAGCCACCGUCGAGUCCGGACACACGAAAGAAACAAAACAGCACAAGAAUGGGACCUUUUUUUUGGAAAGGAGAGAUUAUUUAACGUGCUUUUUUUCAACUGUAUUACUUAUGUAUUGUUUCUAUUUUGUAUUUUCUUGUUUUAUUUAUUGACAAGUCUGAAAUAAAAUCCCGUUUACUUUCCGAUACGAAA